AUGAGCAGUUAUAAUUAUCCUAAGACUAGUUCUCAAGGACAAUAUAAGCGUCCCAAUCUCGUCAGCAAUCGUGAAAAUGUUGAUCUACCAAAGUUGCCACCAUUAAGGACAAAAUCUUCGUUUCUGGAAAAUAGAGAUAAUAGUGAAGACAAUAUAUCUAUUGGUUGGACUCCUGUCAUAGGCAAUAAUGGUGUGGGUGGUAGCGAACCUAAUAGUACUGGAAGUCUUUCGAAUAUCGGGAAUGUAAAUAAUUCUGAUUCUCCCAUUUCUGGGAGUAGGAGAUCAAUUAGUGGCAGACCUCCGCCUCCAAGAAUUCCAACCCAAUAUAGCAUACCUUCUUCACCUCUUCGAAUAGCACCAACUAGAACAAAAACUUCAACACCUACUUCAUCUCAAUAUAAAUCUCCAUUUGUAUCUGAGUCAGAUUCAAACUUAUUGAGGAAAAGUACAAAUAAUAGUUCUAAGAUUUAUCGCUCACCUUUUAUAGGAGAUGAUGAAAUAAAAUCAAGAAGUAGUUCUCCUAGGAUUUGGAGCACUCCUCCAGAAGAAUUUGAGCAAUCGACAAAAUCGAUACCUGGAUUAAGUUCUUAUAAUGAUAACAUAUUGGACAGUCCGACAUUUUUUGAAAGGCCUCCAUUACCCAAAAUUCCUUCUUCAUCUUCAAGAAAUAUGAGCGGUAAUAGUAAGGUUUCAGAUAGUAUUGAAAGCUGUUAUUCAGACUCAAAUUAUACAUUUAAUAAUUCCAAUGCAAGACAUAGUAGCUUUAAUUCAUUACUAGGUGGUAAACCUCUAGAACUUGCGCCAAGUAUAACAGCACCUACACAACCAUUUUCAAUUAAUUCCUUGGAUGAAAACAAGUUAUAUCAGUGUUAUAGUGUAUAUAAAUUAUCUGAUAUUUAUGAAUGGGUGUUAAAGGUAUAUUUUGAAUGGUUUAAUGAAUAUGUAUUCGGAAAAUUUGAAUUUUUUCAAAUGAUUCAGCUGUUAUUAGAAUUCCAAAUGCCCAAGGCCUUUGAUCAAGACACAAUUGAUUCAAAUGUUGAUAAAAUAAUAGAAUCCUUAGUUCUUCAAAAGGCAGUGAGAUUUGAAAAAGAAUCGGAUGAGGAUGAAGAAAACGAAAAUGAAAUCACAAUUAUAGUAGCUGGUUUAGAUAUUUGUGGUAUCUUCACAGAACUAUUACCAUGUUACUCAUUUUCUGAUAAUACAUAUUCUCCUACAUUAGCUACAGUGUGUUAUUCAGAAACUUGUCUCAAUAGAUUACCUACAGAGUCAAGGCAAGAACUUAAGUUAUCAGAAAUAAUUAAUAAAUCUGUGGGACUAUGGACAGAUUAUUGGAAAUUAACUCCAGAAAUGUUAGCAGAAAUUAACCCUCGUGAAAUUCAAAGACAGAGUUUUAUUUUUGAUUUAAUAAUAUUGGAGGAAAGAUCCUUAAAUAUGGCAAAUGCAGCAUUAGAGGUAUAUGGGAAAAACUUUGAUCCAAAUUUAUUACCAGAUGAGCCUAAUUUCGCAUCACUAGCAUUCAACGUUUUUCCACCACUUAUUCAAUUGCAUAAAGAAUUUCUGCUAACUCCAAUUUUUUGGAAACUUAAAACCAGAGGAAAGUUUAUAGACUCUAUUGGAAAGAUUUAUUUGAAAUGGGUAAAUGAGGCUAGAGAAAUUUAUAUAAAUUAUGCUACUGCUAUGGCUACCGUUCAUGAAAUUAUUACUUGGGAAAAACAACAUAACACAAAAUUUGCACAAUGGUUGGCAGAGGUAGAUAAUUUACCUGAUAUUACUCGUUCCAAAAUGUAUCAUGAUGUGAUAUUUUUUGGUGGUUUUUUUAAGUCGUUGCAAAAUUUACCUUUAACUUUACAGUCUAUUUUGAAAAAUACAGAUCCUUCCAUGGAAGAUUACGAAUACUUAGAAAUAGUUAUUAAAGAAGUAGAAAGUUUAAGUGCAGAAGUUGAUCGUGUUCAUGGUGCAGCAAUAGAUAGGAGAAAACUUGUUAGAUUCUCAAAGCAACUAGUUUUUAAUAGUAAAAACAAUUAUACCGUCGGCUAUGUCAACAUCAAAGAUUCUGUUGAAGAUGAUGAUGGUACUUCCUCACAAGACAAACUAGAUCUGGGCCUGACUGAUACUGGUAGAAAACUUCUAAUGGCAGGUACUAUCAUGAAAAAAAGAGAGCUUUGGUUAGAGCCAACUCCCGUAUAUAUAGCCCUUCUGGAUAAUUAUUUCCUUAUAACAGAAAGGGUCAUGAAGGGUAAUCAAGAAAGGUACAAGCUUAUUGAAAGACCAAUCCCGAUUGAAUACCUAAAUUUGGAACAGCGCAAGCCUAGUAAUGAAGAUGGUCGUUCUAGUGCAGGAGGGAGUAUAAGAGAGUCUAUCUACAAAGGAUCUAAUAAAUCGGCUAGUCAGUUAGUUUCAACACCUAUUAGUGCCGUACGUCCUCAUUUAAUUAAUGCCGCUAGUACGGUUUCAAAGUCAUUAUACUCCUCCCCUACACAUGGAACAAAUAAGGAAAACUCGCAUACUGAAAUUUCAAAUGCAAUUCCAUCUCAUUCUGAAUUUGGAUUUAAAGUUAGAAAUCUGGCAACAAAUGAGUCUUUUACAUUUUACUCAUCCUCAUUUGAAGAAAGAGAACAAUGGAGAAAGGCAUUUAUUGCUUGUUUCGAUAUUUGUAAGAAACAGACAGUAACCCCUGUAUUCAAUGUUCAAGUAAUUAGCACACAAUUUGCAUAUUCAGAAAAGGAUGCACCUGUCAAUUUACCUGUUACAACAGAAGGUUCUGAAAUUGACAUUGCAUUAAAAAAGUACGAGACAGAAAAUAACAGGGCACUACAAAAUGUAAGAAUAAUGCCAGCUAUGAUUUCAUGCUCAAUAAGCAUUGAGUAUGAGGCAAAAACGUAUUUUUUUGUCGCUACAGAAUUUGGUAUUUUUAUGAGAUGUGAGAGUGAAUCCAGUAAGAAAUUUGUUAAAGUUAUAAAUUGUGUUUAUGUGAAAAAAAUGGAGUCCAAUGUUAAGUUAGGUCUCAUUUUUGUGCUGGAUAACAGGAAAUUGUGUUACUAUAAUAUUCCAAGUUUAUUAGGUGCAUAUUACUCACCUCAGAAAUAUUUAUCCAACAAUAGAGUUAUUGGAAUCCUAGUUAAAGAUAAGAUAAGUACAUUUAAAUUUGCAGAAGACUUUGGUAAUUCUAAGCAUUUGUUAUAUGAGAGGAAAGGGAAAAUUGUAGUUUUGACGCCGGAAUUUGAUAGAUUGACAAAGUCACUGAAAUUUUUUAAAUUUUACAAGGAAUACAGUUUACCAAAUUUUGGAGCCACUUUAACGGCGCCAGAUGUUCACGAUAUAAUAGUUUUUAAGAAAUGCUUUAUAGCCUGUACGACUAAAGGGUCUAUUGUUUAUCAAGAUGCAUUUAACGAUGAUGGAAUUGUUUUACCGACAUUUUUUAAUGAUACAGAUAUGUCAUCCUAUUUGAAGCAAUCUCAUAUUUCACAUUAUGCAUUCAAAACCAAUAUAGAAAGCUCGUCAAAAAAGGAUUCUUCGAAACAGAAAAUGGCAGAAUAUGUUAAGAAGGAUAUUGCGUCAAAUAAAACAAAACCCAUUUCUUGUUUUCAUCUAGAUGAUUCGUUGAAAUAUGUCAUGGUAUAUGAUGAAGCCGCAGUUAUGAUCAAUAAAUAUGGUGAUAUCGAGAAUUGGAAGCAUGAUAUUUUAGUAUUAGAUUUUUAUUGUACCGGUGUGUCGUUAAUUAUGGGAUAUUUAAUCCUGGUUGGUGAUAAUUUAGUUCAAAUAUAUGACUUAAAUACAGAUACACCUUUAGGUAGACUAGUACCGGUACAAAUCAUCAAGGGUAAAAAAAUAAGAUUGAUAAGCUCAAAAAAUAUUGAUGAAGCAAUCAUUUCACUCAGUCAUCCAAAUAUUGCUAAUAGACAAUUGUUAUUAGCCUGUAAACCUAGAGAUUUGUAA